GCGGCGGGGACAGAACGGUAGCACCAGGAAGCAGGUCGCCCGUUGCGCCUGCGCAGUGCCGCUACCCGGGUCCUGUAAAGAUGUCUGAGAGGCGGGGAGGGAGCGGAGCGGAGGACCCGAGCCCGGCGGACGGACCCACGACUCUCCCCUCUACACCAGCCAAGGCAGGUCGAUGUCAGUUUGACGAGCAGCUGAGAUGUCCAAUGACAGCCAGGGAUCGGUGAAGGGGGAGGCGGCCAUGAUGUCAUCUCCCUCUGGUUCCGCCUCCUCUCAGGGACCGCCCCUUUCUCCGUCCACCACCUCCAAACCACCUGAGCUCCCAGAUGAGCUGGUGCAGGCUGGAUGGUCUAAGUGCUGGUCUCGGAGGGAGAACCGACCGUAUUAUUUCAACAGAUUCACCAAUCAGAGCCUGUGGGAGGUCCCAGUGCUGGGCCAGCAUGAUGUCAUCUCUGACCCUCUAGGCCUGAACGCGGCUCCAGCAGAGGGCGGAGACGGUAACCUUGGGAACGGUCAGAGGAAGAGGCGGAGCUCUGAGGAGCAGGGGGCGGGACCUAACAGCUUCAAGCGAGUAAAGGUGGAGCCCACCACGCCCAUCUCUCCCAGCACCCCUGGGGUCAAACCCUGGAACUCCGUCCCCGAGGACAAACCAGCCCAGCCAGCCACGCCCACCACACCGAGCCCCGCCCCCGCCCCCUACAGACCGGCCGUGAUCUACUGGGACCUGGACAUCCAGACCAACGCCGUGAUCCGGGAGCACGCCCCUGCCCACCACCUGCCACCCCACCCCGAAAUCGAGCUGCAGAGAGCUCAGCUGGUCACCAAGCUGAGGCAGCACUACCACGAGCUGUGCCACCAGAGAGAAGGUAUUGACCCUCCCCGUGAGUCCUUUAACCGCUGGCUGCUGGAGAGGAAGGUGAUUGAUAAAGGUCAGGACCCUCUGCUGCCCAGCGACUGUGAGCCCGUCAUCUCUCCGUCCAUGUUCAGAGAGGUCAUGAACGACAUCCCCAUCAGGUUGUCACGUAUAAAGUACAAAGAAGAAGCCCGGAAGUUGUUGUUUAAAUACGCUGAAGCCGCCAAGAAGAUGAUCGACUCCAGGAAUGCAAGUCCUGAGAGCAGGAAGGUGGUGAAGUGGAACGCCGAGGACACAAUGAGUUGGCUGCGUCGAGAUCACUCUGCCAGCAAGGAGGACUACAUGGACCGUUUGGAGCACCUGAGGCAGCAGUGCGGUCCUCACGUCACCGCCGUCGCCAAAGACUCUGUGGAGGGAAUCUGCUCCAAGAUCUACCAGCUGUCAGCAGAGUACAGCCGGCGGCUGAGACAGACGCACCUGAGCCUGCUGCAGGACCCGCCCACAGAGGCGUGUGCAUCCCCGCAGCAGUCCCGUCUGGUCUACUGCUACCCGGUGCGUCUGGCCGUCCCCUCGCCGCCGCUGCCUCGCGUCGAGCUGCACUUUGAGAACGACGUGGCCUGUCUACGCUUCAGAGGAGAGAUGGUCAAGGUCAACAGAGGUCACUUCAGCAAACUGGAGCUGUUGUACAGGUACAGCUGUAUAGACGACCCUCGCUUUGAGAAGUUCCUGCCCAGAGUGUGGUGCCUGCUGAAGAGAUACCAGGUGAUGUUUGGCAGCGGGGCUAAUGAGGGGACGGGCCUGCAGGGGGCGCUGCCGGUGUCCGUGUUCGAGGCGCUGGUCCGACAGUUCGGAGUGUCCUUCGAAUGUUUCGCCUCACCGCUCAACUGCUACUUCAAACAGUUCAGCUCCGCCUUCCCCGACACAGAUGGGUUCUUUGGGUCCAGAGGGCCCUUCCUGUCAUUCUGUCCGGUCAGCGGCUCGUUUGAAGCGAAUCCUCCGUUCUGUGAAGAGCUGAUGGACGCCAUGGUGACGCACUUCGAGGACCUGCUCCAGAAGUCCUCUGAGCCUCUGUCCUUCAUCGUCUUCGUCCCUGAGUGGCGUGACCCCGUGACCCCGGCUCUGACCCGCAUGGAGGCCAGCCGCUUCCUCCGCCAUCAGCUGAGCGUCCCCGCCUACGAACACGAGUACCGCUCCGGAAGCCAGCACCUCUGCAAGAGGGAUGAGAUGUACUACCGGGCGGUCCACGGGACAGCGGUGCUCUUCCUCCAGAACGACGCUGGUUUCGUGAAGUGGGCGCCGACGGCGGAGCGCCUGGCGGAGCUGACAGCGGCGUACCGCCCCUCCCCCUCCCGCCCCUCCUCCCUGUCCUCUCCAGGACCCGCCCCCGGAGACAGAGACUCUGCCCCCAAGGCCGCUGACAGGACACAGGGCGCCGUGAUGUCACCCGGUGGCCACGACGACAACAACAACAACAAUAAUAACAGCAGCAGCAGCAGCAGUAGCAGUCCUCAGGACAAGACGGGCGCCGUCUAGAGGGAUGGGGCUGUGUAGGAAGUGGGGCCUGUGUGACCACGCCCCCUCACCUGUAUUUUAAAGUUUCUCUGUUUUCCAGCGUUAGUUUGUUUGAUUGUCGUCUCGUCUCCACCAGCACCUGUAGCUUCUGUCACCCAAUCACCUGCCAGCAGGGGGCGGGGCCAAGGGACAUGCCCUCAUAUGAGCUCUUCUGAUUGGUCGGUUGAACUCUGACAUCACAGCGUCUGGAGCUGUUCUCUGACCAGGUGUGGCUGUGAGCUCCAGCAAUAAAAACCUUUUCAUUCACCUGUGAUGUCAUCUGUGAUGUCACUGGAAGGCUUCUGAUUGGUCCCCACACUGACAGGGCUCGUUGAUUGGUUCACAAGGCAGCUAUUGUUUCUAUUGGACAGAAUCAGGCCCCGCCUCCUUGGGACGGCCUGGCCAAUCAGUGCAUGUUCUUUCAGUCUGCGGUGUAUUGUGGGAAACUGAGUAUUCAGCCAACAGGAGGAGGCAGAUCGUCUGCAGAGACGGGAGGCAGACUGGGACUGGGACUCAGGGCUGGGACUAAGGACUGCGACUCUGAACUGGGAAUGGGACUCUGACUCGGGACUCUGACUUGUGACUGGGACUCUGACUCGAGACUGGGACUGGGACUCUAUAAUGGGGACUGGGACAGCGAGUUCCUGGAUCAGUUCCUGGACCCCUGACCUGGUCCUGGAGCAGGUCCUGGACUGCUCGAGAUGCUCCUCCGGGUAUAAAUGAGCUGUGAAGUGUGAGAAGUUAAUUCACGUCUUUUGUUCGUGUCGUCACUUUUCUUUAACAUUUUCUUGUUAAUAAGAAACUUAUUAAAAAUAUUCCAUAUUUUUCAAAAGAAAAUAUUUAAUUUUUUUCUGGAAACUUUACAUCUUUGUCUCUGAAGUCUUUUUAAAAGUUUUAGUCUGAAUGUGUUUGAUGCUCUAAUAUUGUAAAACACAAACUUUUCAUCAGGUUCACGAACAGAAACGUAAAAUAAAACCUCCACUUUGUAACCCGACACCAGCGGGCGGUCUGCUCCCUGAUUGGCUGAUGAGUCGUCCUAUCAGACGCCUGUCUCUUUGUGACAUCACUUGUGUAGAUACUGUACAGUUGAACUGAAUGAAGUCUUGAUGUUAUUUUCCUCAUCUGCUGUUAAAUCGAUUGAAAAACAAAACGAAUUGUUCUUUUUUUAUUUGAUUUAAUUUAACAUUUUUUAAAAAGAGCUGGAGAUGUGUUUUCUGUAUGAUACAGCUUCUGAAGUUUGUUUUAAACUAAACCAAAGUGUUAUUAAGAGGAUCUAUAUCUUGUAUGUAAAGUAGAUUGUGUAUGCAUCAGGGUCCUUGGAUCUUUUGGUUGCUUGGAUUUUCGGUUCACAAAAGGAUAGUAAAAAACAAAUGAGUGGUCAUUAGAUUUUCAUUUUAAAAUACAAACAUUUAAAUGUAAAUCCAAGGCUUUUUGAUUCAUCAGGGUCAGAAGGGGAUGGACUAUAUUCAAAACAUGAUUUGAUUUUGUUUUCUAGUUAUAAUAAUAAUUGAAACCAAAACAUCGCCAAGCAGCCAGCACACUUCAGAUCCUGAGACUCUUACCUUGAAGGGGAGUGGACUCUGGACUUCCUGUUUCAGUUUUCAUUACACGACUUAGAUGAUCUAAACAAACUUACGUUUUGAGUGACAUGCUUUUUCACUCAGACAACGAGAAAACAAAUAUACAUUUUUUAUUUGUGACUAAGAUCUGAAAAGAGGAAUUAACUUUAUUUACAGACUAUUCAAGCUUUUAUUUUGUAAACUUCCUGUCGCAGAAUAUGAAGUAAUGUGCGUUUUUUUUAUUUAAAUUUUUGUUACAACUAGUAAAUGAAAAUCAAAUACAUCUUCAUCUGUCCAUUUCAGACCCUGAUGAAGUAAACAGCCUAUUAUUAAUUAUUAUUAUUAUUACGCCUUGUGUUUUUAAUUUUAGUGUUUGUAUUUUGCAUCGAACAUCAAAUGAUCACUUGUUUUUAUUUUUAAAUAUCCUUUUUUGAAAGUCAAUUCCAAUGACCAACAGAUCCUCUGACCCAUCAGUAACCAGCAGAAACUCUCCAUUAUUUUUUAUAAUUCUCCGCUGUUCUUCAUUUACUUAGUUUUAAAAAAAAUGUUUUUUCUUACUUUGGCUUUAGUUGUGCAUGAAACCUUCUGGACUCUAAAUGAUGUUAGUAACCUCAAUGUGUUUUUUCAGUCGAGUCUUCUCUCUGUGCGGCGCUGUGGCGACGACUCGCAUCACGUUUAGUUAAAAUGAAACGUUAUUUAAGAUCUUCAGGUUUUAAUUAACGUCUCAUAAUGUCAUAAUUACAGGACGUUCAACUGAAAACACUGUUUGAAGCGACCUUUUUCUGUGACUUCACAGCAGCGCCGUACAUAGACGGAGACUCGGCCAUGUUUGUAGUUUGUGGUGGGUCCUCACAGCUGGAGAAUGUAAAUACAGUCUGUCCUUCAUCUGCUGCAGACACACUGCAGCUUCACCUCCCAGUAAAAAUAUAUCAACCAGU